CAAAAUGACGCACGGAGGGACUCUCCAGAAAAGCGGAUUGAGGAGACGAAACCUGUCCCGUCAGCGGAUUUGAACUGCACGAGGACUCGGAUUUCCACAGGGAAAAUAAAGUUUAUUCCAUUAUUUAUAUGUUUAUUAUUAUAAUUUAGCCUUAAGAAGCCCCGAACCCUGUAACCCAUCACAAUGGGUAUCUCAGAAGUACUUAACAAACUUCGAGAUCGCGCAGAUAAAUUUCUAAAUGAGAAAAACAUAGUGACAGAUUUCCUUGGGAAACUGGAGGAGAAAACCGGGAUCAAGAGAAAAAUUAUUGCCGUAGGUGCAGUGUCUCUGACGGGACUGUAUUUGGUAUAUGGCUAUGGCGCCUCCCUCCUCUGUAACAUGAUUGGAUUUGUGUAUCCUGCAUAUUACUCAAUCAAAGCCAUCGAGAGCACAAACAAAGAAGAUGACACAAAAUGGCUGACCUAUUGGGUGGUCUACGGAAUCUUCAGUUUGGGGGAAUUCUUCUCUGACAUCUUCCUCUACUGGUUUCCUUUCUACUAUGCUUUCAAGUGCCUGUUCUUGUUGUGGUGCAUGGCCCCUGUUACAUGGAAUGGCUCUCAGAUCCUGUACAACCGGGUGGUGCGGCCCUUCUUCCUCAAACACGAGGCCACCGUGGACAGCAUGGUCAAUGACCUCAGCGGGAAGGCCAUGAACGCAGCUGAGUCCGUCACCAGAGAAGUCCUUCAAACACUGGUGAAAAACAAGAGUAUAGUACCACAAGCAUCAGGGGCCAAAGGCUUACCCAGCACAUCAGAUGCAUCAGGGGCCAAAGGCUUACCCAGCACAUCAGAUGCAUCAGGGGCCAAAGGCUUACCCAGCACAUCAGAUGCAUCAGGGGCCAAAGGCUUACCCAGCACAUCAGAUGCAUCAGGGGCCAAAGGCUUACCCAGCACAUCAGAUGCAUCAGGGGCCAAAGGCUUACUCAGCACAUCAGAAUCAGCUACCCACAGGGAGAGGCAUCCAACCAAGACAAGUCUCAGUAAUGGUACUGAAUACAGAAAACCAAACCAUGCCAGAUUCACAGGAAGGACUUUGGUUUCCAUGUUGACGUGCAAACUGCUGAACCACUAAUACUUGAUGUCUUAUGAUUGGAAAACAAUGACACAAGUCUGACAGAGAUUGGGAUACCAUUACACAGACAGAUAACGGGACAGGAAAAAACAUAACCAAGGUAAAAUGCUGCUUCAUAUCGACCAAAACCAUUGCAACUGAAAAACACUUCACAUCCGCGAUGUUGUGGGUAGUUAGUUGAAUGCUAUGCAAUGUCUGAUAUUUUGACCUUCUCAUCACCUGAUUAGAGUAACUGAAUUUAACUGGUCUUUGGUUUACAAUCAAUCCUUGUCCUUGUCCUCCAAUGCAGGAGUGUGAGGGCUCAAUGCUUCAACAAUAGCCCACAGUGUUCUGGUCUUAGACUUCAUUGCUUUAGUUUUCACUGUUGUCCUUUGUUUCUUUUUUAUUUGGACAUGUUUUUGUCUCUUUUUGUCUUGUAACAGUUUUGUAUAGUCAGAUCUAGGCCAUAUGAAAAUGAAAUUGACACAUACUUCUACUGUAAGUUAGAAAUGCAUUGGGUCUUGGAAUCCGAGUGAUAUAAUUGUCCAAUGUUAAAUACUAGUACUGUGUAUUUAACCAAACAUUUAAGUUGAAGGAGAAAGGGUAAUAAGUGGUACUAGUAGUCAUGAGUUAUGCAAUUAAGUUAUUUCAGAAACAUUCCUUUAUUCCUUUAUUAUUAUACAUGUACCUAUGUUGUACUCUCAAAAGGACAUAAAGUAAGUUGUACCUUGUGUAUCAAUAAAAGUGUCCUUCUUA